AAUCAAAGUAAAGGCCUUAAAAAGAGAUACAGAGAGAAAAAGAUAAACGGUUAAAUAGGCCGUAUCGAACCAUAGUCGAAGGAAAAGAAAAAAAAAGUGAAGGAGAUAAAAAUCAAACAGAAAGCAGCCGUUCGCACACAGUAGCAGAAGAUCCGCUUCUGUCAUCACCAAAUAUUUUGAGUGGAGAUUUAAAUUCCCACUUCUCUCCACAACAGGCAAGUUCUACUCACUAAAUUUUAUGUUUAUUUUUUUGUCACUUUAACACAGUAAACAAUCACAUCUUCUAAAUUGAUCGGCGGAUGAAAUGAAUGUUGUGUGCGGAUAAUCUGAUUCUUGAGCGUCUUCGAAUUGAUUUUCCUAGAAACCGCUUUGUCGUUGUGGUUGGUGGGUUCUGAUCAUGCAGCCCACGUGUUUGUGUUAAUGCUUGUUUGGUUUUCAGUUGUGAAAAUGGCGAGCUACCUGUGGAGGAAAUACGCUGAUUAUGUGUACACGAAGUGGGAGAGAACGCUUCUGUGGGACAUGAUCGAGAAGUAUAAGCGUCCCAGAUCGUUUACCCCUCUCAUCACAAUCUAUGUCUGUGCUUUUUACACAGGGGUUGUUGGGGCUGCAAUCACCGAGCAACUCUACAAGGAGAAAUACUGGGAAGAGCACCCUGGGCACGAUGUUCCAUUGAUGAAGCCAAUGUUCUAUAAUGGGCCUUGGAGAGUUAUGAGAGGCGAUGUUCCUCCAUUCGUCAAGAAUUAGUCAAAGCAGCCACGGGUUAGCCGUUGCUACUCACUGCAUACCAUAUAUGCACUUGCACUUUUCCCAGGAACUGCAGCAUCAUAUUUGUUGUUGAUGGAGUGCCUCACGUAUAAAACUAUUAGAAAAAUCCGAUGCGUUGUGAUUCUUAGUCAUGCCAAGCCAAGUCAUAGAUGUAUGUCAUCAAAUUAUGGUCAUUUGCUAGAUAUAUACGAAUAAUCUUGGUAUGAUGAUGAUCCCCAACUUUGUUUGCGUUUAUGAAUGCAGAGAAAAGUGGAAGUUGGAUACAUCAUAAAUGAUCAAUAGAUGAACUCAUGUGGUUGAGCUUAUGUUUUUGCCA